CCCAGGAGCCUCAGACCGGAGGAGAGGAUGUGGGUAUGCUGACAUCUGCACGCCAGCGGUUUGAGGCGAGGGACAGGCGGACGGAAAACGGCCUCUGCUCUCUCGAAGAAACUCUAAAACAUGUAACUGGUCGCGGAGAUGCCCGUGUCCUGUAGGGGCCCCUGAAGCUCGGCCAGUCUCGGCCCCCAUCCGCCAUGAGGGGGCGCUGCUCUCGGAAACUGGGUGUGCUGGCCAAGGCUGGCCUCCUGCUGUGGCUGCUGUGGCUGGGCUUCCUUCUGAUGGAGCGCUCCUCUUUCCCUUUCUCCUCCCCUGCGCAGGAGGAGGAGGAGGAGGGCGGCGGCCAGCGCGGCCCGGCGGGCCGGCAGCUGACCGCAGAGCAGGGCGGGCGGCUGGCCAGGCCGCUGUACGUCCGCCCGGCGCCCGACAGCAACGCGAACGGGGAGUGGGGGCGCGCCACCCACCUCAAGCUCAACCCCGAGGAGAAGAAGCUGGAGCAGGAAACGGUGGAGCGAUACGCCAUCAACAUCUACGUCAGCGACAAAAUCUCCCUCCACCGCCACAUCAAGGACCACAGGAUGAACGAAUGCCGGAAUAAGAAGUUUGACUACCGGCAUUUACCUACCACCUCUGUGAUCAUAGCCUUCUAUAACGAGGCCUGGUCCACCCUGCUGAGGACCAUCCACAGCGUGCUGGAGACCACGCCCGCCAUCCUGUUGAAAGAGAUCAUCCUAAUCGAUGACUACAGUGACCGAGUCUACCUGAAAUCCCAGCUGGCCGACUACAUCAGCAGCCUGCAGCGCGUGCGGCUGAUCCGCACCAAUAAGAGGGAGGGGCUGGUGCGGGCGCGUCUCAUAGGGGCCACCUACGCCACCGGCGACGUGCUGACGUUUCUGGACUGCCACUGUGAGUGCGUCCCGGGCUGGAUCGAGCCUCUGCUGGAAAGGAUCGCUGAGAACGCCAGCACCAUCGUGUGCCCCGUGAUCGACACCAUCGACUGGAACACCUUCGAGUACUACAUGCAAACGGACGAGCCCAUGAUCGGGGGGUUCGACUGGAGGCUGACCUUUCAGUGGCACUCCGUCCCCGAAGUGGAACGCAAACGACGCAAGUCUCGCAUUGACCCUAUCAGGUCUCCGACUAUGGCGGGUGGAUUAUUUGCCGUCAGCAAGGCUUAUUUUGAAUACCUGGGCACGUAUGACAUGGGCAUGGAGGUGUGGGGAGGAGAAAACCUGGAGCUCUCUUUCAGGGUGUGGCAGUGCGGCGGCAGUCUAGAGAUCCAUCCCUGCUCUCACGUGGGCCACGUUUUCCCCAAAAAGGCCCCUUACGCGCGGCCAAACUUCCUCCAGAAUACUGUGCGAGCCGCAGAGGUUUGGAUGGACUCGUAUAAACAACACUUCUACAACAGAAACCCUCCGGCCAAAAAGGAGACCUAUGGGGACAUCUCAAUGCGGCUGCUGCUGAGGGAGAAGUUGAAGUGCAACAGUUUCGACUGGUAUCUGAAGAACAUAUACCCUGACCUCCACGUGCCCGAGGACAGGGAGGGCUGGCACGGGGCCGUGCGGAGCUCCGGGAUACAGUCCGAGUGUCUGGACUACAACGCUCCGGAGCACAAUCCCACGGGUGCACACCUCUCUCUGUUUGGCUGUCACGGCCAGGGAGGCAACCAGUACUUUGAAUACACGUCCCAGAAGGAGAUCCGUUUCAAUUCGGUGACAGAGCUGUGCGCCGAGGUGCUGGAGGGCCAGAGCUCCAUCGGCAUGAGGCACUGCCCUCGUGACGGGGAGCAGAAGCCUCCCAGCAUCGUCUGGGAGUUCAGAGAGGACGGGAGCAUUUACCACCCCCAGUCGGACACGUGUGUGACGGCCCUGCGCACGGCGGAGGGACGCACCGACACCCAGAUGAGGAGGUGCCAGCCGGAGGACAGAAACCAGCUGUGGAAAUUCGAGUGGUAGACGGAGGAAGGAGGUGAAAGUGACCGCGGACGUCUUCUCCGAAAAAUCCGCGCCGCAACUAAAUGCGAACGGCAACAAAACGUGCGUUGAAAGAGCAUCUUGAAGCCACUGAUUCACCCCCUGGAGGCCUGUCGGGCCCAGAUGAAAGAGUGCAGAUUGCAGUGGAGGAGGUGAGCCCGCUCCCAUUUAGGAGACAAACUGUUGCUUUCCUCUCAAGUGCCUCUUCAACCGAAAACGGAGAACAUUGCAAACCAGAAACCGAAAGCAACUGAAACUGAUUUGAUUUGUCCUGCACAUGAAGAAGUGCCUUAAAAAAAAAAAGAUUUAAAACUAGCUAGAAAACGGCGUUGCACUACAGAAUGGGUAUCGAUUACUAUUGUUAGUUAGUCGUUGCCUGUUUGUAUAGUUGUCAAUAAAUGUAAAAAAAACGGCUGCUAAGGGAAGGCGUGUUAGGAAUGUGAGGUCAGCAGCACUUUGCCCUGAACCGGUUACUUCCUAACAUGCCGUAUCAUGUGAGGGGGGGGAAAGGUAGCGAGAGCUCUGCGGUCAUACUACGCUGCCUCUCGCUUCUGGCUCUUUCCUGUGGUGCCAGUGGGAGAAAAACUGCCUGAACAAGACUUGAAGAAUUCAUUAGGGCAUUCGAAACUUAGCAAUUUUUUUUCCCCGUCAAGAGCAAAACCGAGUCGACAGGGACGUUGUAAUCUCUUCUUCCCCGCCGUGUAAAAUUAAGAAUAGCCUGGAAACCCGUCUGUCACUCUGCCUUUGAAAGCCUGUCAUCCUGAAAAAAGGAUUCGUGCCAAAAUGAAAUGUGCCACUGGGUGUCAGAUUUAUUUAGAGUAUUUUGUAUGCUAAAAGCAAAACAACACUGGUAUGAUUCAUUUUAGGUUUUAAAAAGCCUUAAAGCGAGCACCUUUGUGCCUUUUUUUGGAGACUUCUGUGUGUAAACUGUACUUGAAACAAAACACUCCUCUUAGGUUUGUUUGUUUUUCCAGUAAAAGCCCCAUUUUGGGAUUCAGAGACCAGGAGAUGCAGUCUAACUGCUGUCUAAGCCUCGAGUCUGCUGCAGCUUUAUUUGCUCAACCCUAAAUGUCACCGAGCAAUAUAUAGUUUCUAUAGUUCUCUCAGUCAUGCAUAUGAGCUAUUCAAACUCGCAAAUGGAAAGUUUGCAAACAUAAAGAGAAUAUUCCUGUUUUGUGCAACAUUUGUAAAUAAUGUGUGGUUGAAGGGACCAGAGGAGGACAGCUGUAAUGUAAAACAAAUGUAAAACUACUGAUAAAGAAAAAAAAGGGAAGUCGGUCAUUUGAUAUAAUCGUGGAAUGUCACCAGAUGGGAGUUUUUUAAAUGUUGGAGUAAUUUGAAAAAUAAAAACUAAUGGCAAACGCAGAACUUUACAUCGUUGCUCUCUUUUCUCUCUGUUUUCAGUAUUUUUUAGUGUACGCAAACGCAUCAUAUGGUUGACUUGAAUGACGUUAUUUCUUGUUUUUUGUCCAUGAGGGCAAAAGCUGCCACUCCUCCAUGUUCUGGUCGUUUACUGCCAUCUGGUGGCGGCAGAGGGGAUAACACCCACCACGGACUCCCAGGACCACAGUGAUGCCAGCAAAAGUUUAGAGAUCCUACUUAGAUCAAGGUGCCAAACUGGAAAAUGUCUUAGAAAUAACCAUCUGUUCAGUGCUUCACGUAAAACUGCGAAGAGUAACUCUUUUAUUAAUUUAAUUAGAGUUAGAAGCAAAAGGAAAAAGAAGGUAAUUUACAUUCUAAUCAAACACUCGUUCCCCUAAUAUGUUAAAUAAAGACGUUAAAAUUCCUUCUAAAAAUUUACCAUCUCUAAGGGGAAACCAAAAAGAACAAAACCCA